AUGCCUGCUGAUACAUCAAUAAACACUCAAACAUUGCCGGCAACCGAGCCCUUAUCAACUCAAAAUGAAGCAAGUCACUUAACUUCAAGCAAAUCACUUAUUGAAGAUAGAAAUUCUUCUGUUCUGUCUAAAGAAACCGACACUUCAUCCAGCAGAUCUACAAGUCGAAGCCCUCGAAACUCAAAAACCUCGCAGCCUGAACUUAGUGCUAAGCCGCAACAUUCUAAAACAAUAGAGCAUAAACACACCUCGAUCAAAUCAGCUUUUAUUUAUUUCAAAAUUACUUUUAUCGCAGCCUUAGUGGCAAUUUUAGUGGCAUAUUUAAUAUCAUCAAACGAAACUGUGAACUCCCUGACUGAUGGUCUUUCAAAGCCUGCCGAUUUACUAGAAUCCAAUUUUGUUGUUAUCAUCGAUGCUGGGUCCACCGGCAGCAGAGUACACGUGUAUGAGUUUAAUACAUCCAUUAGUGCCUCUCCAGGACAAAACACACAUUAUAUUCCUCAGCUAGUUCAUGAGACCUUUGAACUCACGCGACCAGGUCUUUCAUACAAGCCCUAUGUUCAGAAUUUCGAUGAAGGCGCCAAAAGUCUUGAUCCGUUGCUUAAGGUUGCGCUCCAAAUUGUCCCGGAAAAGUUGCGCAAAACCACUCCUCUUGCACUUAAGGCUACUGCCGGACUGAGACUUAUUGGAUCAGAAACGAGUGCGCAGUAUAUCGACUACGUCACUCAAUACCUAAAAGAAAAUUACCCCUUUAAAAUUAAAGACGUAGGCAUUAUGGAUGGGAAGGAAGAAGCGGUUUAUGCUUGGCUCACAACAAACUACCUGCUUGAAUAUUUGGACGAUGAGGGGUCUAAUAACAAUACUGAUAGCUUGUCAAUUAAAAGAAACCAUAAAAUGACAGCAGCCGUUUUUGAUUUGGGUGGAGCUUCUACUCAGAUUGUUUUCGAACCAGACCCAGUGUUAUAUUCAGAUGCAGUGAUUCAGGAAAUUGUCCAUGCUGGACAUGGCGACCAUAUUUAUGACAUGGUUCUUGGAGGAUACCAGUAUAAGCUAUAUCAGCAUUCUCAUCUAGGGUACGGAUUGAUGGAGGCGCGCAAGAAAAUUCACCAGACAGUGUUUUCCAAUUACAUUGAAGCAUUAGUUGACGACUAUAGUGGGGACUUGCUCGAAAGUAAACUUGACAAUUUUUUCUUUAAAAAGAGCGGCCAUAUUUUUCAUUUAGAAAAUCCUUGUGUUGCCACUGGUAUGAAUAGAACGGUAAGAGUACCAAUCAGAUCGAUAUUACAAGAAAAGCUUGGUGGCAGCCCGUUAGUUCAAAAAGUGGAUCAUUACAUUGACAAGCUCCGUGAAAUGAACUUGAUUGAAGAGGAUUUGCUUGUCGAUGGGUCAACCCCGCAAACGCACUCUGAAAACUUGCUGGUCACCAUGGUGGGUCCAAAGAUUGCCCAGGAUCCAGAAGAAUGUAUCGAUAUAACUCUGCAAAUUCUAAAUCUUGAUGUCCAAUGUCAUCUUGAUCCCUGCUCUUUUAACGGCAUCCAUCAGCCUGAUAUUUCAGAAACGUUUGGCAAACGUUCAAAUUCUAGCACUGACGCACCAUUAUACAUUUUUUCGUACUUUUACGACCGCACGUUCCCACUGGGACUCCCGCAAAAAUUCCCUCUUUCAGAGUUUACAACAUUGUUAGCGGAUGUCUGUCAGGGCCCCCAGGCUUGGUCGCGGCAACGAAAAGUAUAUGGUGGCGAAAUUAACCCCCGCUUUAAAGAUCUUUCAAAUGAGGUUAUCCAGGAGCUAGAUGGGCGUCCAGAGUGGUGCUUGGAUCUUGCAGUCAUGUACUCUCUACUUAGCAAGGGAUAUGGAAUCCCCCUGGAUCGUGAGGUCACAAUUGCAAAGAAAAUUCACAAUCAUGAACUUGGGUGGUGUUUGGGUGCAGCCAUUGGUCUUUUGAGUGGCUUGGAAGAGGAAAAAGAUAUUUAG